AUGGACAACAUCGAGCCAUUAGAUGAGGCAAUUUACCUUAUAGAGAUAAAUGAAGUUGUUAAGCAGUACUUGGGCAAGGACAAAGCCAACAAGUCCCUCGGCUGCUGGUUGUCUGGAAGGGCUGCCUUGAAUCUCGAGAUUUCGACUGGAAUUCCAAUUCAAAUACCAGAAAACACUCCUGUAGACGACAUAAAGGAGAUGAAGAAAGAAGCCAUUAUAAAGUUCUUUGCCAAGCGUCCUUGGAUACUACUUCCAAACAAGGAGAACCCCCUACCCAUAUGA